AUGACUGAUGAUGAUGAUGUACCAUUAUUGAAUGGUGACGAUGAUGAGGAGCAAUUAAUAACAUCAGAAGAUAGUCAACCAAACGUUGAAGCAAUUUUUGUCGUUACUUUUGACGUUACAUAUGGUAAUACAAUUGAAUUUCAAAUGCCAGAAAAAGAACAAAUGCCAUUAAAUGGUGUAGAAUACAAAGCACUACCAAGUGGAUCCCAUCAUAUUCAUGAAGAUUUUGUAUAUUUUCGUCAUGAAAGUAAAUAUGGAUUGGCUUGUAUAGUACGUGUUGAUGCUGUAAAAGAUGAGGAUGAUGGAUCAGCUUUGUCAGUAGUCGAUCAAUCACAACGCGGUAUGCGUAUUAAAUCUGUUGGUAUUUUAACUUCAUCUAUGAUACAUAUACAGUCGUAUCUUGCAUUUUUACAAACUGAAGCUAGAACUUAUCUUAAUCAAUCAUCAGCCGACUAUGAUCGUUUAAAACGACUUCUUCUACAACAUGGUCAACCAACAUCUGUUCCAGUUUCUAUUUAUGACAAUUUAUUUGCGGAAUUCAUUCAACAAUUUGGUCCAUCUAUCUUUCCACUUACAAGGUUAAUCCUUCUGGGUAAACGUAUUUUACUUUACUCGCGUUCACCAAUUGGAUCUUUGUGCAAUGCAGUUUAUUUUACACACAUAAUUAAUCAAUCUGUUAAUCCAUUGUUUUUUGUUAAUAUUACGGAUUUAACAAUGCUUAGUAAUGAACAAAGUUAUAUUGGUUGCACAACAGAAAUAAUUUUUAAAGACAAAACACACAUUUAUGAUGUAUUUAUUGAUUGUGAUAAUGAAAUUAUUUUUCAUGCAAACGAUUCAAUUUUACGGUUAAUUGUUAAAAUAACACCUAAUGAUCGUAAUCGAUUACAAAAGAACGUAACUUUGAACUCUUUUAUUAACAUUGGCAAUCGUUUAUCACGCUUAUUAAACCAAUUAUCACAGUCAAAUAUCGAUAAUAAUCAACAGAUGACUAAAAAGAAUUUUCAUUCUAUUGGCCUUCAUCAACGUUAUGACCGAUUAUUUCUUGAUCAAUACAUUCGAAUACAUCGCAUUCCACAUGUCACUAUAAGUAACCCAGGCUCAGCAUUUUUUCCUAUUUCUCCUUGUUGUUCUUGUCCAUCGUCUAAUUGA